CUAAAACUGAAAGUAGAAGUGGGAAAAAACAAAUCUUUUGUGUUAAAAUAAUAGCCAUAAUAUGAUAUCAUAGUAGCUAUUAGUUUUAAGAUAUGACAGAAUAACUUCCCCAGUUUAGUUUUUAUCGAUUUUGAUAUGUAUUUAAUUGACUAAUUUUAACCAGUUUCCUACAAUGAACAAAAGAAAAGAUGGUGAACUGGACAUCAAAAUUGUUCUGCUUGGAAAAGCUUAUGCAGGAAAAACUUGUCUUGUACAAAGAUAUGUCAACCAAAUGUUUACUGAUACACCUUAUCAGAAUACCAUUGGAGCAGCAUAUGCAUCUGCCAGGGUUAAAGUCAAUGGGAAGACUGUAAUACUGAAUAUUUGGGAUACUGCUGGUUCUGAGAGGUACCAGUCCAUGAGCAGGAUAUAUUAUCGAGGUGCUAAGGCUGCCAUAUUGUGUUUUGAUUUAACUGAUGCUGAAAGUUUUGAUAAAGCCAGAUACUGGUCUGGUGAACUAGAGCGUAAUGAACCUGACUGUUUAAUAUAUUUAUGUGGUACAAAGAAGGAUAUGGUUGACAUAGAACCAGGUUCCAGAGCUACACCAAUUGGUCAAGUACAAUCAUUAGCACGAGAUCUACGUUCUGAAUUAUAUGAAACUUCCAGUACAACAGGAGAAAAAGUCAAUGAAGUGUUUAUGAAGAUUGCUACAGAUUUUGUAGAUAAUCUAAAGAACCUGCCAAUAGAAAAGCCAAGAACCGAUUCAUUCAAAGUAUCCCACCCAACAGAUGGCCAGAGAAGAGGUUGGUGUAGUUCCUGUUGACGCCAAUGCAUAUAGUGCAGUGACUGCCAUGGCUUUGGUUGUGCAGAUGUAUAUUUUUGUUUUGUUUUAAAUGAAUAGAUAUCUUUUGGUAAAAAUGUGCAGUUUGAUUGCUGUCUGAACUAUUGUUUAUUUGUUUUGUUUAUGUUUACUAAAACCUUUAUAGAAGAUUUAUUCUUUAUUUUUAUCUGAAUUAAUGCAGCACCUAUAAUUUCCCUAUUGGUCUAUUUUUAUAUGUUUUUUUAGACAGAAAGUAUAAUGGUACAUGUAUAUGGUAAUCUGUUCAUCUGUCUGUUAAUUUAACAUAACAUUGGUUGCAAUGGAUAACAGGGUUUCCCAGUGAAAUGAUUACCUUUAAUUUCACAUGAAAUAAACUUGAUAAUUUCACUUCUCUGAUUUCAUACAGCAAUAUGUGUUGUCAAGAUGUUGUUGAGGAUGUUGCAUCAUAGGAACUUGUAAAUGCAUAGACAAAGAUAUAGAUCCUUGCAUUUUCUACUUUAUUGAAUAUAAAAGCCUAUUGUAAAUGAAUUAAAAGCAUAACCAAUCAAAGAAUUGAGUUGCUGAACUUACCAGAAACCUUUUUAUAAUCUGUCAGUGGCCUCUAAAGUUUGUGAAGUGUCAUUUGAGUUACAUGCUCUUGCAUUUAGAAAAGUUCUGGAUCCUUGAAACAUAUAUAUUUUUUUGUCAACAAAUUAACAAUUUCAGUGUCUUAGAAGGACAUUUCUAUUUUGACUGAUCUACUUACUCUUUAGAAUUUCAUACAACUGAAAGUCAAAUACAAAAUUAACUAACCAUUGAUGUCUAAAGUUAAAAUGGACAAAUGUUUAACCCAACUGACCGAAAUUGAAGUUGGAUUAUUUUUGUUUGUAGUUUAGAUAUAGAAUUUAUAUUUUUAUAAAGAUUGGUGCCAAACUUUUCAGUUUAAUGCUGUUUAGUUUUUGUUGUCUGCCAAUAUUAAUGCAUAAUUUGUUUAUUCAUAUUUUUAAUGGUAAAAUAUUUAAUACAUAUACAUGUGUUAAUAAAUAUGCAUAAAUUAUGAUGUUUAUUUGUAAUGUAAUGUAUAUGUAUCAGGUUUAUAGAAACAGGUCCAUUGAGAAGGAUUUACUAAUAAUUGUUGACUAUGAUAGUCAAACUGCCAAAAUUUAGCCUCUUGCAGAAGUUUUCUUUUAUAAACCCAAUUUCAGAAAACACAUAUAUGUAUACAGUAUAAAGAAAACACUUAUUGUGACUGGACUCUAUUAAGUGAGGUAUUUUAAGUGGUCUUCUUGAAUAAAGAAACUAUAUCAUAAUCAGAAAAAAUAUAUAAAAAUAAUUGUAAUCAAAUUAAGUAUCAUUCUAUCUAGUCAUUCUGUAUGUAUAAAAGUCUAAAUGUUUUUCUGGAUAUAUGUCUCUUUGGGUUACUUUUCAUGGAGAUAUAUCCUACAUCACUUUAUAUUCAUAUCCAAGUUUAUCUAAGAGGUUUAUAUAAUAUUGAUGAUAGGCUAAUUUUUCAGAAGGGAUCUGUGAUAAAGAGAAAACAGUUUUUGGGCUUUUUUUUCCUAAUACCAAAUUAUUUCUAGCUAAAACAUUUGAUUAUUCCUACCAACAAAACAUUUCAAAUGCUGUACCUUGAGAAAACAUCUUAAAUAUUUGUUUAGUUAUUAUCUCCCCUGGUAUGUGUUAGUAUGCCCUCAAAAAAGUAAGAGAAGGUGAUAGAUUAGAACUAGUAAUCCAGAGAAAUUAGAUACAAAGACUUGUAUUAUUAAUGUACAUCUUUAUUAAUAUAUAUUUACAAAUAGGCAAUACAAAUGGUUGUAAAUGCAAAAGUAUAAAAUAAGUAAAUAAAUAACAGCUUUCAAUAUUGUAGAAAACUCCAAAAAGUGUAAAAUAGCUAGUAAAUCUUGUGGCCUUAUGUUUUACAUGUAAAGUUCUUAUUCUAAAAUUGAUAACACAACAUUAAGAUGUCAAAUUUGAUUGAUUUUCUUAGAAUUCUUUUUUUUUUUAUUUCAUCAAGUCAUUUACAUUUAUGUUCUGUUUCUCUGUUGUUGUUAAAAAACAACAUUUUCUUUCAUUUUCAUUAUUUACAAUUUCUUUCAUUUGAUAAGUAGAAUAAUGGGAUUUAUUGUAUACUUUGAAUUUUUUGUAUUUAGACAGGUUAAUUUCACAUGUAAUACAGUCAAUGAAAAUCAAUUUGUAUCAGCCAGCCAUAUGUGAUGUUAUGGAUAGCACUCACUGUUGCUCAGGAUUGAUUAAACCCCAACAAAAUACCUAGGCAUACAAUACAGUUUUGUUCCCAGUGAUUGUUUACAAAAAAUUGGCAUACAAUCAUUUUACAUAGUUCAUGUCAUGCUGUUCUCAUUACUUUUUUGUUAUUAAAGAUAAACAAAGGGACAUUUAGAGAACAAUGUUUGGUAUUUAAUCUUUAUGUAAUUAAAAUAAAUCAUGUGAAUAAUCUUCCGACAUGAUAAAGCCUAUUGACAGUAUUGUAAUAUUUAAAAAAAGAGGGGUACAUCUACUCAUUUUCAAGCUUAUGUAUAAAAUCCAUUGAUCUUUUCCCAAUGUGUUAUUUUUUGACAUCACAAAAAAAACAUUUUUUGUUAGCAACAAAAAUACCUCCUCCAUAACUGUAUUGUAUGCCCUUUAGUCUAAAAUAUAGUUGUUAGGAUAUGCAUGGCUUUUACAAUAUCAUACACCAUUUUAACCUUCAACCAAAACAAUCCCUCAAGCAGAGUUAUAAAACUGUAUUGGUGUCUUUGGAUGAUAUGGAUGUGAACUUUUUAAAAGUUUAGACUGGAGGGAGGCAUAGAGAUGUCCUUGUAUUAAGUAAUGUAAAAAAUAAACUUACUUCCUCUAAAUUAGAAAUUUCAGAAAAGGAUUUUUAAAAAACUCCCCACUAUUGUUUAUUCAGAUACAGCUUUAAUAAAGUAUAUGCAUUAACCAUUCUUUGAAUUUAAAACCAUGCAUUCAUUCAGAUUUCAGAAGAUUAUUUUAAAUGAACAUUCAAAAGAUAAAAGUGGUUGAUGCUGAAACUUUUCAGUGAUUUUGUAAGGCACCAGAGAAACAGAACAUUCAUUUCAAAUUUCAAAGGUUUUUUUUUUUACAUUUACCUUUUUCUAAGACUACUAUAACACUGUGACAUUCUUUUUUUUCAUAUUUUUAUAUUCUAGUUUCAUGUUAUGUUAUGUUUUUUGUUAUGUUUGAAGAAACCAAUUUAAUUUUUAUAUUGUUUAUAAAUUGUCAGUUUUGAUUACAAUAAUUGAAAUCUAUCCUCAGUUUAUACAUAAUGUGAUUAUUUAAUUUUCUUCAGAGAAUGUUUGAUUUAUUGCAAUCUUUUAAUGUGUCUUGUUUCAAAAUAAAAUUAUCUAUUUAU